AUGGCAUCUGGCGGUUGGGUGACAGAGCUUGAUAAGAAAGAACGCAAAAACUGGGUGAUGGUUGGUUGUGCCCUGAAUAUUACCAAAAAAGGAAUUACAUCAAAAAUUCAAAGCAAAAUGGAAACUUGGUACCAGUCCCUUAUUUUCAGUCCUCCCCUUCAGUCACUUCCAUCUUGCACUUGCGCACCGUUAGCACCAAAGUGCGCUACGUGCGUCACCUGGGAAAUGGAACUGAAACGUCACCACAAGUCCGGGAGACCAAAGAUUUACUGGGACAACAGUGACCGAACACAGUGGGGAUCUCCGACUGGGGCGUGGGAGAUAGCUAAAGUGUUUAUGCCAACUCUUGGAGGUCGUAAAAAAGAUGUUGUCGACGCCGAAACUACGGACAUUGGUGGUCUUCUUAACCUGCUUGAAUGGUGUCCUUUUAUUAAUCCUCCUACGAGUCGAACAGUUUUGACGUCGGCAAGAGGCGAGUGUAGGAAUCGUUGGGCACACGCUCCGAAACAGGAGAUGCAAGAUGCCGAUCUUUCAACCAUAUUUGGUCAUCUUAAUAAUCUGCUCAAUGACGCUGUGUUCAGUUCUGACAAAGACGCCCAGCAAUCGUCGAAAGACUUGCAAGAUUUGUUUCAUAAGGGUCUGGUAAAUGUGAGGGAGUCUGAAAUAGAGGCUCUUCACUUGCUUCGCCACUCACUUGUGGCUGAUCUCACAAAAUGCCAAGAUGAUGUGUCUGAUGUUCAGAGUAACAUUUUGAAAGUAGAUGCAGAGAUGAAAAAGAUCAAGAUGGUUAUGCAGAGUGAUUUAUCUGACGUGAAAGAAAAAGGGGAUCUAGACAGACAAGAGAUAAGCAAGUUGGCACAGCAGCUGGAUGAGUUAAAAGACGUGAUGGCACAUUAUUCUGAUGACUUAUCCACCGUUCUGAAAGCUGUCGAUGAUUUCAACAGAUUUCUGAAUAAAAGAGAUGACCUGCAAAAAGUCUUCGAAGCUAUCCAAGAUGACUUAGAAGUUGUCAAAACAAAACUGACUGUAACACAGUCGAAAGUUGCCAACACUGAAACCUCCCUAGCAAGUUUGAAAGACAAAGUGAUAAAAGUGCAGAAAAUAGCAAUGGAAACAUCUGCAGAAGUGUCUAUUUUGCAAGAGAAAGUGGUAGUCUUGGAAAAAGGGCAAGCCACAAAAGAACCGAAUGACAGAGAUGAUGACGCGUUGUGCACCGCUCCAAGAAGGUUACCACUGUUCACAGGCCGCAAGUCAGCUCUUGAUUGGCUGGAAAAGAACCUCCUUUCAGAGAGCGUUGAGGCCAACCCUGGGACUUCCUGUUGCACUAAAACAAUAUGCGGUCUUGGAGGCUGUGGCAAGACAUCUUUGGCUGUAGAGUUCGCGUGGAGCCACAAAAAUCGCUUCCCAGGUGGCUUGUUCUGGAUCAAUGGGGAAAGCGACGAAAAUAUAAAUAAAUCAGUUACUGAGAUACUUUCUCUGAGAAACAUUCCAACCUCAACAAAUGACAGCGUCGAUGACACUUUGAACAAAUUCCUUACGUGGUUGUCCAAGAAGGACCUUCCAUGGCUUCUUGUGAUGGACAAUGUGGACGAGUUGCAAGAACCUAUGUGUCCUGCAAGUGUAAAGAAGAUAUGCAAGGGACCUUGGCAAAGAACUGUUAAAUCACUAAAGAACGGCCACAUACUUAUAACAACAAGGCAAAACGCAAAAGACGCAAAGGCUUUUCUGAGUUACUCAACUGAUGAUUUUUUUAAGUUGCCAUGCUUUAGCGUAGAGGAUGGUGCUUUGUUCCUCAUGAAAAGAACCGGUCUUCAAGGAGAAUCCCUUGACCCAGAUGCGAUUUGUCUGACAAAAGAGCUAGGUGCAUUGCCGCUAGCCCUGGAGCAGGCAGCAGCAUACAUAACUACAAGUCCUAUCCCACUGAGCUUUACUGAAUACCUAGAAAAAUACCAAGCAGUGAAGAUGCGCCUUUUAAAGCAACAGCCUGCUACAGCACUUAGCAUAGAAGCUCAACAUCGAUUGUCAGUUCACACAACGUGGGAGUUGAAUUUCGAGUUUGUAAAGGAAAAGUCACCAGCUGCCGCCAUGCUGAUGCGAAUUUCGGCCUUUUUGGAUUCUGAGAAUGUUCCCAUUGACAUCGUUAAUCCUGGUCUGCCUGAAUUAGAUCAACAGGAACUGAGAGAAUGCGCGCGUUCUAAGAUCGACAUUGCUUCCAUUCUUAAGGUAUUGUCAAGUUAUUCCCUUUACUCAGUCGAUCCUCAAAACAAAGUCUUCUUUGUCCACAAACUUGUUCAAGAAGUUGUCAGAGCCAGUCUAACGCAAUCACAAAGGGUCGAGGCUUUGGUUGCAGCCACGCGAGUUCUUCACCAUGCAUUACAGACCAAAUAUGCGUCCUGUCCCAAACUAGAAAGAUGCACUAAGAUAGGGCCCGAUCUGUCACUCUUUAAGGAAGAUGAACGAAAUAUUCUUUUUGCUCUCGUGUUGAAUUUUCGUAAGCUCAAGAAUCACAUUGAAGGCGAAUUUACUUCAUCAGAAGCAAAAGCGACCUCGCUCUAUAAUGCUGAAACCUAUAACCUGUGCUCAUUAGUAAUCGGCUUGAUUUCUACCAAUAUUUUUUUAAAUCGAUUGCGAGCUGAGGUCUGCGACUUUCAGUUGAAAGUCGCGAAAAUAAGUGACAUUCUUAAUCCAAAUGAGUUUCUUCUGCUAAUGGUUUCCACAAGUCUUGGUUUAAAAAAUUGUCAGUGUUUUGAAAAGUACCAAGAGGCGAAGACGAUGGCACAAGAAACGGUGCAGAAGCUGUGCGAAAUGGAGAAGUGUGGGAUUGUUAUAAAUCCAGAUACCAAGUUUAAAGUUCAUGGACACAAGGCUUCUUUUUACGCAUCAGAAUGUAAAUGGGAGGAAAAUUAUAAAGCUUUGUUGGAACUAGAAGGCUUACAAUUGAGUGACGAUAAUGUGGUAAAUCUGCUGACUCUAAUAGCAAGGGCAGAAAAUUACAUGUCGACUGGCAACUUUCAGUGCGCUUUGGAGCGCUACAAGAAAGCCCUCAAAAUUGCCAGACGUAUUUACAGUCCUGAUCAUCAUGAGCUGUUACGUGUUUUACAGUUUAUUACUUUUCAUUUACAACAAGAAGGAAAGCUUCGUGAGGCGCGAAUAUACGCCAAAGAAAUGUUGCUAAUUGCGAAAAAGCAACCAUCUACAUCUGAUUUUUAUAUCCGGGGAAUAACGGACGCUUUAUACAUCGAAUCUUAUUUCGACCCACAAAGCGCUGAGGACACACUUCUUCGUCUCUUGGAGGACAGAUGGCCUGUUAUGUACAAAUGCAUUCAAUCUGGUGUGGCUAGCGGCCAUUUGAAUAUCGAUGAACAUGUAUUUAAUGAGGGCAGCUACAACCACGCAGCCAUGGUUUUAGAAGGGGUGAUAAACUGUUUCCUUGUCAUCUCAAAGUCCAGUGUUAAGCAGAAAAAAAGAAGACAUAAUAAACAAAAGGGAAACUUCUAUCGUAGUAUUGCUAGGAUGUUAGUGUCAAUCAAGAGGAAAGUAUAUGGAGAGAGCCACCGUGAAGAAAUACAGGCGCGUUGCCAGCUUACCGAGGUGCACAAGAUCCUGGGAGUUAAGGAAGAAGACUCUAACAUUCAAGAACAAUUAAUACAGUGUCUUGAGAGACCAGUAAACGACCAAUCUUAUUCAAGACCUGAAGUUGAUGUCAAUGUUAUGCUUGCGAGGAAGGGCAAAGAAAUUGCUGACGAUUUUUUUAAGAAAAAAAAUUAUUCGAAGGCACUAGAGAUCUAUGAAAAGUUGCUAAAUCGAUUGCCAAAUGACGCUAAGCUGUUAACUAACAGAGCGGAGACGUACGUUAAACUUUCAGAACAAAAGGCUCGUAAAUGCGAAGCUACAGAAGCUACAGAAAGCCAAAGGAGACUUAUUAAAGACGCUCUUCGGGACGCAGAGAAAGCAGUAGCUGUAGAUCCUUCUUGGGUUAAGGGUUACUACUGGAAGCCUGUUUGUCUUGCGAAGCUUGGACAAAGAGGGCCAUCACUUGCUGCAGCUGCAGUUGCGGAACACCUCUUUCCAUCACGGUGCACUGAUAUACCUGCAGUGAUGCAGCGCUUUGGAAGUUACAGUACAAAUGUGAUAACUACCGUCGAUGACCUUUAUCACGCUGCCAAAAGAGCAGACGGCAACAAUCUUGUGAUUUUACUCAAAGAAGGGAGAUACGAGUUACCAAAGUCACUGAAAGUUCCAGCGAACGCAGUAAUGGUUGGCAUCGGAAAAGUCCAAAUUAUCUGCCUCAAAAGUGUUCCACUGAAACUGGAUGAAACCGUUUACACUGAAAAUAUAGAACUGUUAUCUUCAACUGAUUCUAUCAAAGUUUUCAAAGAAAAAGCUAAAGAGAGUCUUAACCAUGGCCAAUUAGACGAGGCUUUGUCUUUGUACAGCAAGGCAUUAGCCAUAUGCCCAGAAGAGGCACAACUCCUAACAGCUAGAGCUUCAACCUACUUGAAAUCAGCGGAGGGGAAAAAAAACCUGUAUCAGAGGAAAUCGUUAUUGGAGCUUGCUUUAAAAGAUUCAGAGUCUUCUAUCAAAGCAGAUCCUUCUUGGCUACUAGGUUACUUCACCAAGGCAACGAGUUUGGCAGAAUUAGGGAGGAAACACGAAGCCUUGGCCUCUGCUACAGUGUUUAACCACUUGAGUUCUGGUCGGGAUAUUUCCUUAGUCACUCAACGUUAUGGAGCGCUACAGAUCCACGUUGUUGAAACCUCCGAUGAAUUGCGCACUGUUCUUCAAGAAAUCACGGAGCGUGAGGAAGUAAAUCAAAUUGUUCUGUUAAAAGAAGGGGAUUACCUUUUGGAGACGACCGUGGAGAUGAAACCGGCAAUGGUUAUUGUUGGUUUAGGGAAAGUAACUGUUUUGUGCAAGACUGGAGUACCUUUUGACUUUAGAAAGGAACACUACGUCGAAAAUGUGGAACUUCAAAGAGGCUGUGGUGACACUCUACAAUCACAAACAAUUACAAGUUCAACAGAUGACUCUGAUCAGGAAGAAGUUAUAUCUUUGGACCCACCCUUAGGGUAUGACACCUCCAGCGCCAACAGCGAGUGCAAGGUGAACUAACAGGAACUAAAAACCAGAGUUGCACGCAAAGAUAAUGACACAGCAUGCAGCGAGGCAGAUGGAAAGUUCAUCACGGCUGUAGGAUAUCAGACAGAUGUAUUUCGCUAACGGGCUAGUCUACUGACAUUGAAACAGUUUCUUUUCCCAUACACUGAAAUUGCUGAAACGCUUCCACCCGUCGGACCGUAUUUUCCUGAUGUAAUUCAGGCGGCAAACUGAAACUCCCCCAUCCCUCCACCUCCGAUCAAAAUUACUUUAGUCACUGCCACAGACCACAUAACCGUCAGUGGAUCAGGGAAGGAGAAAAAGCAGUGGAAACAUCCAGUUUACUGAGAGGAGGAGCUGGUUCAGUAGGAGAAAAUAUUGUUGGAGGAUUAAGCUUAGUCCCCUUAACCGUCGGAGGAUUAAGUUGACUAGCACUGGUUUCCAGCUGCGGUUACCGCCAACCCAAGUUCUUUUCUGGAUUAUAUUAAGUCACAGAAGAAUAAUCAAUACUCCUCUGCAGGGCUUUCCUUCCCAUUUUCUAAGGGGAAAGCCCUGGGUACGAUUUGUUUGAGGAUUAUCGUUAUUUCUUAGAAAACGGAUUACUAAGGGCCUGUUCGCACCAAUAUAUUAGUGAGCGUAAGCGUUUUUGAGCGACGAACGUCAACCGGAGGUGGUCGUUUUUUCAUUUUUGGACGGUGGUUUUGCCCAACUUUUUAGACAAAUCGUCUCCACAGCCGUGAGUAAAGACACCUAAAAAUUUGGUAACUUCAAGGUGCUUUAAACUGAAAAAGACCUCACUUCCGGUUGACGUACGUCGCUCAAAAACGCCAUUGCUUUUAGCUCCCUAAUUUCUCGUUUUUACAACCUUGUUCGCAUCUCAGAAAAGUGAAAUUUUCCGUGUAACCAGAAACGUCAGUUAAAGGAAUUUUAAUUGGUCAGGUUUGCGAAAUAAGAUGAGCCGACGAAGGACAGCUGUAAUGAAACAAAGGAUUUUGACGCCUGACAAAAAAAUUCCGAUAGGCCUCCAAAUAUUCUCGACGGCAUGUUUGAAGUAUAUAACAGAAGCAAGAGCAAGAAGUUCUUAGCUUCCGCAACUAGAACAAAAUUGUCAGGUUUUUUGCCGAAAAUUGAACAGCGUUGUAUUGAAGGUUUGAGCCUUUGACAUUUGCUUAAUGUUAACUUUUGAACUAAGAAAGAUGCUGAACAAAGCUCUGUUUAGCGGCAAAGAGGCGAAAACAAAGCACAACUUGUCGAAGAAAAAAUACCUAGGGGACUUUAAAACAAUAGACGCGGUUUUAUGGUUUUAUUUUAACUAAUUAUUCGAACAAGGGACAUUUGGAGCCAGAGUAAAGACAUCCUUAACGACCUUUACCUUUUCAACUAGUCAGUUUUGUCUUUUAAGCUUCGUGCUAAACCAACAAUGUUGGAAGUUGUUGCGUCCGUGUUGUCAGUAGUGUGCAAACGGAUGUAACAACUCCCAAUAAAGUUAGGACCUGCGGUGCAUCGUGGGAAGGAUACAACCCAUAAGACUUUGCAAACCAUGUGUAAUGCGCGUGCGUGGCCCCAACAAUGUUGGAAGAGCUGCGGCAACCGGAUGCAACAUUGUUGCGUUACGCUUCGGCGAUCACGGAACAAAGGAAAUGUUGGGAGUUGUUGGCUCAAAACUUUGACUGGUUUCAAACUUUGAGCAACAACUCCCAACAACACGCAACAAUAUACAACAGGGUGCGGAAACGGACGCAACAUGUAACAUCCAACAAUGUUGGGAGUUGUUAGCCAACAAUGUUGCGUUCGAUUGUACGGUGCUUUAUAGUAAAACGUUCAUUUUGGUUGAAAUAUCUCUCUGACUAUUUGGCUCAAAAGAAACAAAUCAAUUCGGUGUCAUGCUUCAUUUGUUUAGAACAUAAAAUAUAUUUUAAAUCCGCGUGUUGCUAGAAUUAGAAGAGAGAAAAUUGUUGGAAUUUUCUUAAUGUAGAAGAGAGUUUUGACACGAUUCAAGAAGGAUCACAUUUUUUAUAUAUAUAUUCUAGGUCCGUUGCUGUAGAGUCGUUUCGCUGCAAUUCUAGCUAGGACAACGGGGCGAGAUAAAGAGUGAGAGGGCUAAAUUGAUCGCGAAAGCAAUAGUCCGGGGCAUGUUAACCCGUAAUGAAGUCUUCUUAUACCGUUACAGGGGCGGAUCUAGGGGGAGGGUGUAGGGGGUGCUCACCCCCCGAGAUGACUCGCGGCUUUCUAAUACAAUUGGUAUACUUGGUGUUGAGUAAAACAUGAGACGACGUUGAAGAGUUUAUGUCAAACGCCGUAAAAAUAGUAGUUCCUUAUGUGAUGCACCACCUCCUAAGAAAAAUACUGGAUCUGCCGGUUGAUUGUAGCAUCGUAAUUUUUGAUUUUGCAGGAUCAGUCCAUAAGAUCUACAAUGGUGGUCAAAAGUGUUGGAACCUUUCCAGUGAUAUUAGUAAAACUGGCGACACUUCUCCUCCUACCCCAAGUUUUUAAAGUUGAAUUUUGAGCACCAUGCCUGAAAAUAAGUUCUCUUUUGGCCACAUCAUUGCUGAACCCAAAGCUGAUAAAAAAAUUGUCAUGUGGGGCAGAGUUGUAUGUAACAAUUACUUAGAAGGGUUUUUUCACCGAUUUUCACACGAAUUCUUUUGGCCUCCAUUGUAGAAGGUAAGGAGAUAUAUUUCUAUAACCAAGAGCCUAUCAUCCAUGAUGUAUUCUUGAAAGUCUCAUAUACAUUCCGUUGUUUUUAGCAUGAUAAUCAGCAAUAGUACAUGAUUCUUUGACUAAAAUUCUCAUUUUGAAGUGAAUAACACUGUAGGCGACUUACAUUGCGUACACAUACCAUGGUCAGAGCUCUGCUCUAACUGAAUAAAAAAAUGAAUCAUUGGAACAAUUUCUGCAGGCCUUCUACUGGAAGGGAAUUUUCCGUCAUUUUUGAAUAGAAAUAUUAUCUAAAGACUUUACCGUGGGAAAAUCUUUUUCAAGAUCUUUUUUUCGGCUUUUUCUUAUACUGGGAGAGUUUUUACUUUCAUUUAAGGGUGUAAAUUUUAUCUUGAAGACUUCAACAUGUACGAAGGUUAUUCUUUUUUAUUCUCUUUCCUUUUACUGGGAGAGUUUAACCCUCAGUCUAAGCCUUCGGUAGGAUUUCUGGUUUUGAAAAUUUCAAACAAGAUAUUUAUCCGAAGUAAUUUAUGCCAGCUAUCUCUUUAAAAGCGGAAGUUGCGGUAAUGCCUUUAGGGUAUCUACUUGUGCCCCUGUGGGCUUCACUUUAGAAUGGUUAGUAUAUUCUACAAUCAUGUCUUCCCUAUGUCUGUAUAAUGUAAUUACAGGGCCUCCUGGUUAUUAUUAUUAUUCUCUUCUAAAAAAAACGCUUGAUCGCGGGCCAAAAGAAAUGCUGCUAUAGGGUAAUAUACGGGGCGGGGCGGCGGGGGGUACUUAGAGAUGUUUUAUAAGGGGAGGCUCCGGCUCGAGUUGGCGAAUGGUACCCCUUUCACAUACCUCAUUUGAAAUUCCCUUCUAGCUGCUGUGAAUUACUGUCUUUAAAAUAUGGAGGUCAAACCACAAAACUAGAAAGUUCCUCGACAAUUUCACAGCCAUAAAAUGCAUCUGUAAGCCCUUUUUGGCCUUGUUUACAGACCGAAAUUCCAGAUUUCUUUACAAUUGAAAGCCAGGCGAUAAGGUGCCUUCAAUUUUAUAUGUUAUUUUUAUAUUGUGAAUAUUGAUCUACACCAAAAUCCGGCUUUCCCUCGCUGCUGUUUGUCCAAGCGAUCCUUACACAGAGUUUUUCGAUUUCCUUAUCCUUUCUAGCCUUGGUGGCAGGCGCAAAAAGGGGAGAAAGAGGGGGGAUGGUUAGGAUUUAGGCGGCUUUAACCCUAACCAACUCCCCCUCCCUUUUUUCCUUCCUCCCUACACCCUACCUAUGCUUCGACACCUGCUACGCAGGCUAAGCCUAGACUUAAACGAGUAAACUCCCACCCUUGUACACCUUGGGCUGAAAAACGAACCCUUUUCGGGUGGAGCCUCCCCGUGUAGGCCAUUAUAGGGAGUACCCCUUUCCCCCGCGAUACGAAAAACGAAUGGGCUCCCAGGAACACUUGUAAGCAAUGUCAGCUCUACUUUUAAAUCUCGCUGCUUGUCAGUCACUUCGAAGCGUCCCAUGCAGACGUUCUUUAAGCCUUGUCGAGUCCAUCCUCGGAGACCCAGUCGGGCCGGGAGAAAAGGCGCGACGAAAGUUUUCAAUCACGGGCGGAAGACCCUUCCGCCCAUGCUUGAAAAGACUAAAAACGUUUGUCGCGGUUUUUUCUCCUGGCCAGACUGACUGCCCCUGGAUCUCCGAGGAUGAGUCGAGAAUGAUAGACUAUCUGCGCGUCGUCUGCGUGUGGGAACCUGAUGCUAGUUACUUGAUAAACAGAGUAAAAUUUCGAUCCAUCCUGUCUUUAAGAGUUUUGAUUCAGAAGGAUGGGAAAUAGGCUCUUGCACUAUUGGUUUUGUUUAUGCAACUGGACCCCAGACUCCCCAAAAAAUCAGUUCACCAACAUCGUGACAAAAGGGGUGGAUACCAAUUACACUUUCACCUACAGAUAAGCACCUAAACCUUGGUUUUGAUAAAUUUGCAGUCGACAUUACUACUUUUUAACAGCGUCAAACUGUUCCCACAACUACUGAGAGGAGUGAAAUACGUAAGUAUUACUUUAUUGAACAUUUCUACUCCGAAAUCCACGUAGAAUUUCGAGUGACUGAUGAUGAUCAUGGCAGCAGACGCCCGCACUUUCGGUUUCCAUUCUGUAGAAAUCCAACUGAUUAGCAGGGGUGUAAUGGAUAAGCUCAAAUGUUAGCCUUUGGAAGCAUUUUUAAAUGCCUCAAUGAAGGCCGGCACAUUAAGUGAUUUCAGGGGUCCAUUUAAUAAAACUAUUACAAGUGUACUUUACAAGAGUCUGAAAUCAAUAGCUCUACUUGUAAAUUACACUUGUGAAAGUUUUAUUAAAUUGACCCCUUAGCUGAAAAAAUGUUUCUUCUGCCGCCUUAAGUUAUCGCGUUUUUUUCUGCAAGAUACCCUUUCUUGGUCCGUCUGUGCCUCCCAGGGCUUGUUCUGAAAUCCCACAGGCUUGCACUGAGAGAAUACGGGUAUUUGUAUCCCUUUCUACUUUGAAAUUAAACAUUUACUAAUUAGGGCAAAAAUCACACAGUAUAAAUCUGUAGUACUAAAAUUUAUUGGUUUUCCCUGGAAUCACUGCCAUAAUUUCUGUCUGUUAAUUCUAUGCCAGAAUAAAACUUUUAGAUGGAAACUUUUUUAUUGCCAAUGAGCGGGCUCCUUACAAAGACACGAGGCUGCGAGGCGGCAGCCUAAUAGAGCCCGUGCGCGAUUGUUCCAGGGGCAGAAAAAAUCUUGAAUUGACAUAACAUAGGGUAAUGUAAGGCAACCAUGACGUAACGCAGAACAGAGAAUGCAUUGUUUUCGAGAGAACACGUAAUACAGAUCAGCGAAUCCACGAGCCAUGUGUGUGUUUGUGAGUCCCGUGCUUAUGCCGUCUUCAACCAAUCGUUGGGUGGAUCACUUCCAUCCUAUGUCAUAUCUGUCACAUUUGCCGCCUGGAAUUUUUUAUUGCAUGCCGAUAAGAAAAAUAAUAACCCAGCGCAUUUUUUGUGUCUUUGAAGCAAAAUAAUUCAGAAGGCUUCAUUGGCGCACCAUAAAUUGUUUUAGCUUUUAAAAGAGACCAAGUAUAGCUCUGUGCGUUGAAUAUUAAUUUUGCGGACUUUAAUGUGAGUUUUCGAGGAUUUUAAGUGUGCUUAUAAGACCACUAAAUUUUAUGCAAAAUGACGUGUGCAACUUUGGACAAAAACACGAACCUCAAUAUCGCGAAAAAUUAGCUGUGUAAAGUCGGGAUUUCAAAUUCUUCGUGCAAUAGAACAGUUUAGACAAAUUAAAGCAAGGAGCACACAUACACCAAACCCAUGAUCCGCCUUCCCUGCGCAUGUUGUGGGAGAACUGCCGUGCAGUUCCUAGCCAACAGCUCCCACAUGUGUUGUGUGGAGCUGGCACUUAAAGGACUCGCCUCGGGAGGAAAGGGUCUUUUAUACACGGGUUUUCCCCGGUCACUGACUGAUGGCUAUGCCAUGCUGAUGAGCCCCAAACAGCUGGAAGAAAACAGGUGUCCGUGGCUGCCACUGCCCACGUGAUAUGGCUGUGCGCAUGCGGGAGGUAAUGGCCAGGCUGUGGGUUGGUGUAUGUGUGCCCCUUGCUUUACUUCAGUGGUAACUCGUGAUCCACCUUUCCCGCACAUGUCGUGAUAGAACUGCUGUGUGGUUGCCAGCCAGCAGCUCCCACAUGUGUUGUGUGGAGCUGGUGCUUGAUAGACUGCUUUGCACUGACUUCGGCAGCUAGGAGUUUUUGAGACGCGGGUUUAUCCCGUUCAUUAACCCAAUGACUGUGCCAUGCUGGUGGGCCCCACUACUGGCGAAACAGCUGUCUGUGGUUGCCACUGCCCACGUGGUAUGGCUCUGCGCAUGUGUGAGGUACUGGCUCGGCCGUGGGUUGGUGUUUUGGUGCACCUUCAAUCAAUCAAUCAAUAAACUUUAUUUACCCUCGAAUUUAUAGUGUAGCACUCAAGUGCUAAUAUCUUCGAGCCAACUACAUAAAUAAAUAAUUAUAAUAAAAAGUUAAUUGUAUAUAACAAAUAAGAUAACUAACUACCUAGACAACUAACUUGCAAAUUAUCAUGACGUAGAAAGGUUUGCAGUUCCUGCCCUUUUAAGUAAAUUAUUUUUCCCAGUAGAUAUCAGUUAUCGAAAAGAAGUAAAAUCAGAAAUAGUGCGGUGAUGGUCAAGAAGAGAAUUCCAAGAUGUUGCUGCCAAGUAACUAAAGGAAUUGAUACCAUUAGAAGUGGUCAAUGAUUUAGGCAAGCAGAGCAUAUUAUGUCCUCUUAAAAAAUAGGUGCUAGAGCGAAACAUAUCUUUUGGAUAUCUUGGAUAAUCAGAAAAAUGAAGACAUUUAAAAAUAGUAAAAAUCAUGUUUUGUAAACACUUGUCCUUAAGGUUUGUAGUUCCUGCCUUUUUAAGUAAAUUAUUGUACUCAGAGUUAAAAUCCUUGCUUUAAAUUUGCACUAUUUUCAAUGCAAUUGAAUUAAGCUCACUCUAUAAUUAAUUCAUCAGUUACUGUGUUUCAUGACAGUUCUAAACAAUAAAACUGUGAAAGGUUUGAACCCAGGAGUCAUUUCAAAAGGAGGUUGAGUUAUACUAAUGUCAAGGACAAAGACGAACCAAAGGACAGACAGGGAGCAGUAUACAAGAUCAAAUGCUGCGACUGCCAGGCUUCUUACAUUGGUGAAACUGGCAGGAACCUAAGCACGCGACUGACCGAACACAAAUGAGCGAUGAAGAAUGGUGACGUCAACAAUCACCUUGCUGAGCACCAUUUAAAGACGAAACAUCAAAUUGACUGGGACUCUGCGACAUGUAUAAUGUAUUCUACAGACUACUAUCAACUUCUUUAGAAAGCUGGUUUACUAACUUAGAACAAACGCCACUGAAUCGUAGCCAACAGUUACCAGCGCCGUACAAACGACUCAGUGAUGAGGUCAAGCAAAACUAACUACGAGAGAAUGACAAUUUGACUAACAAUAGACAACUGUUUAACUGUGACAAUAGAUGGAUCGAAACGCACCAAUUACUGAUUACGAGUCUUCAUAGCCAAUAACAUCACGGCUUAACUGACAGACGACCAAUAACAUCGCGACGUAAUUGACCAAUCAGAUCAAUAACCAGAGUAUAAUACCAUCAACUGACGUGAUACAACUCAGUUUGACUCUGAAGAUGACUACUGCACAGGUUGUCAAAACGUCAGUCACUGUCAACAACAACAGUCCUAUUCAGGACUACGUUCACCCAGACAAUCAAAUUCAACCUACUUUUGAGUUGUAAACAAAUUCAACAGCAUAGAUGUGUAGGUAAAAUCUUUGUUUGAUGGCACUUAGUGAUAGCUAUAACUAGUUUAGAGCGGUAAUAUUGCACACUGAAAUGUGUUAGUUUCUGGUUGUAAUAUUCUUAAUAGGAAUGAAAUACAUUUUUGUGAAUUUGCAGACAACCUAUGGCAGUGAUCAUUUAUUUUCCACUGUCUUCCAAGGUCUCUUGGUCCAGUUAUUUAUUAUGCAUUAGUCAAUUCCAGGUGUGCCCAUGCACUCCUGGGCAACUGUCGGGUAUUAAUUGCACGCAUUGUUAGUCCUGGGGGUGGGGAAUUAGCAAAUUAUGCGCGGCUCAGAGGUUGGGCAUUUGCCAACCUCUGAGCCACCCCUGAGCUUUUGGUAUGCACAUGCAUUCCUUUUUAAACAUAACUAAACGUGGAGGAUUUUACUGGAAACCCCAGCAGAUUUGCAGAUUGACUUAUCUGUCUUGAUUUUAUGCCUGCAUUUCUUCACUGCUUAAUCAAGCCAGAAGUCAGGAGCUAUUGUCCUGAGUUGAAUUUUUUUUUUAUGGAACAAAAUUUCUGUUGAUGUACGAUUUGACUAUAAGUUAGCGGUGAUGAUAUUUCUAAUUUUACUAUCAUUGAUCUAUGUAUUAUAUUUACUUUUUCAUAAUAUUUUGACUAUUUGGAACAGAUAUCGUAAAAGUACAUAAAUAAGAAUCAUGAAGUGGUAUCAUCGCUCAUGAAGUCUUAAUUAGAAUGGCGCUAUCCAAGGGAGAUACUAACCAAAAUAACACUGACUAAAUCCACUACUUGACUGUAUGAUCAAUGAAAAUUGCUGCAGUGUUGACGGUGGAUGGGGCAUUUGCCCUCUUUCUUCUUCUCUGCGGCGGGGCAUUUCAGCUCAAGUGUCCCAGCCCCCGAGAUUUUUCCAUCCACAGCAAAGGAAUGCUUAUGCAAUGCCUGGAGGUUCACCGGGUGGGGGGGGAUGUUAGGAGGGGUGGGCUCACCAAAGAUUGACUGAUACAUUAUUGUAGCUCUGUUACUGAUACAAGCACUUGUGGAAGACCAGGUUCAUCAUCCAAAUGACCCUGGAGCACAAGCAAUUGCGAUCACUGAUAAUGAGGACCAAGAACCUAUCCACUCACCCAUCCAAAUCACAGCAGGUUUAAAUUUAGUACCUGUCUGUUCCACCCCAGAAGGGAAGAGGCAGAACCCUUGUUUGUUUGUUUGUUUUUUGAGGGGUUUUCACUUGAGCAAAAAUUAUUGUUUUUUUUUUUGUUACUUGAAGUCUGUCCCAUAUGCAUGUCACCUGCUGUUCUUGCUGGCUGUUACCACUGCUUUCAUAAUCUCAAUGCUUCUUUCUGAACUGUUACCCACAGUCUUGCUUUAAGAUUGAUACAGAUUGCUUUAAGCUUGGAGCAGAUCAAGUCAAUUUGCACUCUAGAAUGAGAAUAGUCUGUGUUACUAAGAAAAGUGUUUUUUCCUUUUAGACAAAUGGUGUUUCAUUUCAAUGAUUUAAUAAUGUUCUGAUGCAACAUAGACUUUUUAUUAUAAAUCAGAUCAAAUUUUAUACAGACACAAAAACAGAAAAGAACAUAGGGAAGGAAAGAGAAAAGUCUUUAUUGAGUUUUUGAGUGUCAAUACCUUUCUAUCAAAACAUGAAAAACCUGCCCCAAGCAUCCAAUUGCCAUCAAUAUUAAUGAUUUUGUUGUACCCACUGCAUUAUGAGAGCAGGCAAGGGCAGGCUGAGGGGGAGGUCUUUCCUAAAAUGCAGUUUUUAGUUAAUGCUGUUUUCUCCUGUAUGCUAGAAAAAAUUACAGUACACUGCUUUUCUCUUGAUUCUUUAUACUGUAAAGUAUGUCAGGUAGGGCUAAUGUUCUCCCCAAGCUUGAGUAUAUAAUGAGCAAUGGACCUCAAAAGCUUUGUUUAUGCACAGCUAGCCUCAUAGAGAGAAUGAGGCUAGCUAGAAACGAAGCUUUUUAAAUCUCCUGAGACAAAAUAGCCACCAUGUGACAAAGGUCUAUGUGACAUCAAGUUGACUAUGUUAAUGGACUCAUUACAUGUACAUUGAGAAUCUGUGAACUUAAUAUCGCUGUUUAUGUUAAUCUGACUCCCCUUCAUUGACAACUUUCAUUGCUUGUAUAAUUUAUUAAAAAUUUAAGUUCAGCAUAAAACACCAGUCCAUGAGGACAACUGAUUCACAGGGUCUUACAUUACUCCACCCCAAAGGGGAGUAGGAGAGACCCUGAUACUCCACCCUAAUUCUUGGAGUUUAUCAUUACCUCACCACAGAGGGGAAGAUAGCAGACCCAGACCCUUAUCCUAAAUGCAGCAUCAUUUUCAUGGUGUUAUACUACCUCAUCCCAGAUUUGAAGGAGAGAGAUCCAAAAAUCACUAUCCUAAAUACAGCCUCAUUCCUAGCCGAGGGUCUUUCAUUACCCCACCCCAGGGGGGAAAGGGAGACACCCCGGACUCCCCAUUCUUCAUACAGCCUCUGAGAGGCCCAGGGCUCCAUCUCCUCAAUGCAGCGUGAUUAUCUGGGUUUUUCAUUACUCCACCCCAGAGGUGAGAUGGAGAGACCCUGGACACCCACUAUCCUUAAUCCAGCCUCAUUUUUAGAGUCAUUCUUUCACUCCCCCCCCCUCCCCCCCACCAGAGGAGAAAAGGAACAACCCUAGUCUACCUAUCUUAAAUACAGCCUCAUACUUAUGGUCCAUCAUUACCCCACCCUAGAGAUGAGGAAGAGAAACCCUAGACACCUCUAUUUUAAAUCCAGCCUCAUUCUUAGAGUAAAAAGGCACUUAAGUCUAUUAAUGUAUGAUACAGUGAAUGGAAAUGUACCUAGUUACUUAAGCGAUCUUUUCUCGAAUGUCUGUGAGAACAGCCCUUAUAAGUCUAUGCUAAGAAAUACGGAAUAUAAUGUUGUACUGGACCACGUUCCAAAAACAGAAUAAUAUAAAGGGUCUUUCUCAUACACAGGAGGAAUGCUGUGCAAUUCAUUACCAAAUGAGAUAAAAGCGUCCGAAUCUAAAGCUAUCUUAAAAAGAAAACUGGCUAGUAGGCAGGCAAACUGUUGACUACAUUUUACUAUAUUUUAUUAUUUGUCCAUAUUUUUAGUGUAGUUGUACAGUAUUUACUUCUGUUUCUAUACGGCUUUCAUGUAAAGAAGUUAUGUAACUUAUGAAAUUACUGUAUUCAAAUGAAAGUGAAUCAAUCAAUCAAUCAAUCAAUUUAUUGCCCCACCCCAGAGGAGAAAAGGAGAGACCUCAGUCUGCCUAUCCUAAAUACAACCUCAAACUCAUGGUUGAUCAUUACCCCACCCAGGAGCAGAAGAAGACAGACCCAGGUUUCCCUGUCCUAGAAGCUACUUGUUUUAGAAGUCUGGCAAAAUAGGUUCUUGUAUUAUGGGGUACUUGUUGGCAAUUUAGGCAAAGCAGGUUCUUAAGUUGGUUCUUAACUCCUAUGAAGGCGAUAAUUGUUGAUUACCAGAAAGAUAAAUAAAAUUGGGUUUGGUCCUUAAAUGUGCAGUAUGAGCAAACGUUUUAGACUGUUAAACUGCAAAAAUACCUACAGUACUUUGCAAGCCUCGUUUUGCCACAGGCCGCCCAAACUCUGUGGGAAUUCGUUGGACUUUGAAUUCACAGGAGAAUGUAUGAAAAUAAACAAAAUCAAGAGUACUGUUAUGAUCUCUUGACAAAAUACGUCUUAAAUUCCAAUUUUGGACAAAAAUGAAAAUGACUAACCUUGUGUUUGUGUUUUGUCUUACUGUCUGUUCACCUCUAGAGCCAUUUGGAAGCCGUUUUAUCGACGUUUAAGAUUUUGAGUUGCACAACUCAAAAUCUUAAACGUCUGUAAACAAUAAUUACAGUCUGUAAUUUAUAUAAACUUGUUAUUGUUGUAGGGAUUAGUACUUAUAUUUGUAAUAGAAGUUUGGUACAGUAUGUUCUUGUAAUUAUACUUAAAUUUACAAUGUCAAGGUUAAACUCCUUGGAGUUGGUUAAGUUGUUUUUCAUAAUUUAACUGUAACCCACAUAUAAGAACCUGCUUGAUCUUGCUUAGCUAAACAGGUUCUUGUGUUUUUUAGUAUUACAGUGACAAAGUUUGCCAGGAUGUUUCUAAUCCACUAGGUUCUUAUGCGCGGGUUUUCACUGUUCAUGAAUUCAAACCUGGUAAACGGUGUGCCGCCACCUUCCGUAAAUCGCUUUAAUGGGUAGUUUUUUGUUCACUUUAUCUUUUAACAGUGUCUUCCUUAACAUAGUCUUGUUAUGGCAUUUAAGGUAACUAUUCAUGUGUUAAGAUUUGUUGGUCUUUUCGUUGCAGAUCCUUGGGUAGGAAAUGCCACAAAGGGCCUGGAAAGGGUCAUAUCUGUAAUUAACAAGGUACAAAGAAUUAGACACAUAGCCUCAACUGUAGCGCCGGCUUUUCCAUUUAGUUCUAAGACGUACUGUUUCUCCGUUUACCUUGAAAUCCGCAUCAUAAUGGCAUCUGGCGGUUGGGUAGCAGAGCUUGAUAAGAAAGAACACAAAAACUGGGUGAUGGUUGGUUGUGCUCUUAACAUUGCCAAAAAAGGAAUAGUACCAACAAUUCAAAACAAAAUGGAAACUUGGUACCAGUCCAUUAUUUCCAGUCCACCGCUUCAGUCACUUCCCCCUUGCGCAUGCGCACCUUCAGCACCAAAGUGCGCUACUUGCGUCACCUGGGAAAAGGAACUGAAACGUCACCACAAGUCCGGGAGACCAAAGAUUUGCUGGGACAACAGUGACCGAACACAGUGGGGAUCUCCGACUGGGGAGUGGGAGAUAGCUAAAGUUUAUAUGCCAACUCUUGGAAGCCGAGCAAAGGAUGUUAUCGACGCAGAUGGAACCGACAUCGGUGGUCUUUUGAAUUUGUUAGAAUGGUGUACUUUUAUCAACCCCCCUGUAAGUCGAACUCUUUUGAAUUCAGCAAGAGAUGAAUGCAGAAAUCGUUGGGCGCAUGCAGCAAAACAAGAAAUUUGUGAUGCCGAUGUUCCAACUAUAUUGAGACAUCUCAAUAAUCUGCUUAGUGACCCAGUGUUUAACUCUGAACUAUCAGCCCAAAAAGCAUCCAAUGAUUUGCAAGAUUUGUCCCGUCAAGGUCUGAUUAACGUCAGAGAGUCUGAGGUUGAAGCUCUUCACGUAUUGCGACAAUGCCUAGAGGCCGAUCUGAGAAAGUGCCAAGAAGACUUAGCAUAUACACUUCGACAUUUAUCUCAGGUCCAAGAACAAAGUAAUGUGAACAAGUCUGAGAUCACUACCCUAAGGCAGCAAAUGGAAGAAGAAUCAAAAAACUUGUCUGAAAAUGUAUCCAUGAUAUUGGUUGACGUUGCUGCCUUCAACAAGUCCCUAAACCAAAGAGAUGAUCUCAGAAACACCAUUGAGGUUAUUUGUGAUGACUUAGAUGAAUUGUCGAAUGGUAUACAGAAGGUUGUUAUGGAACUAAAUGCAGUGGGACUGAUCUUGCCCCAGUUAGAAACCAACCUCAAAAACUUGUAUUGGGAAGUACACAAAGUAGCCAAGAACGUUUCUACAAACAAAAGCUCGAUCUCAAGAUUACAAGAAGAUGUCAUGGAGAUUAAAGAAGAAGUAGAAACAUUGAAACACAAAGCCCACGUUGGUCCACACAAGGGAGAUGAUGAUGGCGACGACGAUGAUGAUAUUCUUUACACAGCACCGAUUGGGUUAACAGAUUUUACCGGCCGCAAAGCAGAACUACAAUGGCUUGAAAGAAACCUUCUUUCGCUGAACCCUGAAAAGAAACCCGGAACCUCAUCUUGUAUUAAAACAAUAUGCGGCCUUGGAGGAUGUGGAAAAACCUCGCUAGCUAUAGAAUUUGCUUGGCGUUACAAGUAUCGCUUCCCAGGGGGCGUGUUUUGGGUCAACGGUGAAAGUAAUGAAAAUCUACGGAAAUCCGUGGUCGAAAUACUUACGUUUGUCAAUAUCAGCGCCUCAGUGACCGACAACAUAGAAGACAUCUUGAACAAGUUCCUGUCAUGGUUGUCCAAAAUGAAACGUCCAUGGCUUCUUGUGGUAGACAAUGCCGACGAAUUAAAUGAUCCAACCUGUCCAGCAGGCGUUAAGAAGAUAUGCAAAGGGAUGUUGCAAAGAACGCACCUCCCAAGAAAGCAUGGUCACAUACUUGUUACUACCAGGGCAAAUGCAACAGAGAGUAAAACGUUUUUGAAGAUUUCAAAUGAUGAUUGUUUGAUGUUACAGUGCUUCAGUGAAGAAGAAGGUGCAUUAUUUCUAAUGCAACGGACAGGUCUCGUAGGGAACGAUCUUGACCCAGAUGCUAUUUGUUUAGCGAAAGAACUGGGAUUCCUGCCACUAGCCCUCGAACAAGCCGCAGCGUACAUAUCUUCCAGCCCUCUUCCACUUAAUUUUAAAGAUUACCUUAACAGAUAUAAAGAAGUUAAGUUUCGUCUUUUAAAGCAGCAACAUGCCACGGCUUUAAGUCUGGAAGCACAACACAGGUUGUCAACUCACACAACCUGGAUGAUGAACUUCGAAUAUGUCAAAGAAAGGUCACCUGCCGCUGCAAAGAUUAUGCGUAUUUCUGCUUUUUUUGAAUCUGAAUUUAUUCCUUUCAAUGUCAUCAACCGUGGAUCUACUGAAUUCAAUCAGGAGGAACUGAGAGAAAGUUCGUUUUCUUAUUCAGAUAUUGGUGACAUCCUGAAGAUACUAUCAAGCUACUCUCUUUUCACAGUAAACCACCAAUGUAAAAUGUUCCGUGUCCACAAGCUUGUUCAAGAAGUAGUCAGAGAAAGCCUUACGAAAUCAGAAAGGAUAAAGACACUGGUGGAGUGCGUUCGCGUUCUUCGUUUUGCGUUUUUACAAUUUCCUACAUUCGAGAAUUUUAAGUUAGGCAACCUCUACGAACUGGACGUAGGAGACCAACGUACUGUUUUCUCUCUUUUGCUAAAUUUUCUCAAGUUGACGAGGUAUAUGGAAGAGGAAAUAAACGCGCCGAGAGAGAAUAACAACCGUGAACUCUUUGGAGUCGACACCUUUGAGUUUUGCAAAUUUGUAUACCACCUCGCUAAAAACAGAAAUUCACUUUUUUGGCUUAGUAGUGAACUAACAGACUUUUACUUAACACUUUUUAAAGUGGUGUACGGUGACAGUGAUCCGAACUGGCUUCUCUCUGAGAUGGUCGACGCAAGUAUCAUCAAAGAGAAGAGCGUCGCUUCUAAAGGGAAACACGAAGGAAAGAAUUUAAUUGAUAAUGCCAUGCAAAAAAUGUUUGAAUUUCAAAAAUCUGGAGUGGUUAUAGAGGCUGAUGUCAAAUUCCGUGUUCGCUAUCAAAAAGCGAAGUUCCUCUUUUAUGAAGAAGGGGUGGAAAAAUUCUACAAUGCUUUGUUGGAGCUUGAAAGUUUGGACUUGCCAAUAAGCGAACCUAUUACUGCGGUUCUUCAAAUGAAAAUCGCGGAGUUAGAAUACCAGAAAGGCAAUAGCUCUGAAUUAGCGUUUAAACGCGUAAUGAAAGCUUUAGAGAUUGCAAGAAGAGUUUACCCUGGGGAUGACCCAAAGUUGCUGCUUCUACUUGAGAUGGCCAACGUCACGCUCUCCAACAACGGCAAAUUUAAGGAAGCUAAAAUGUAUGCCAAAGAAAUGCGAGAUAUUUAUAUGAAGCUACCUCCUUCGUCUGACGACGUGGUGAUGGGACUAAGGAAGUUUUCUAGUUUUAUGUGUCAAUCAAACCACAUAGCCAUGGAAGCAGGUUCACUAGAGAAUUUAGAAAACAGAUGGCCCCAUAUAUAUAGUUGUGUAAAAGAUGGCUUUGUAAAUAACUGUAUUCCUUAUGUAGAUGACGGAAGCGAAGAAGUCGUCGCUAUUACUCUGCUCAGCAUAAUGAGGAGCUUUGGCAUAGCUUUAAGCGAGGGCAGUGACCCAGACUUUCCUGCAGAAAGGUUGGCUAUGUACCUGCGAAUCGGUGAAAUAUUUGUGUCCCUUCGAAUGACUUAUUAUGGCUCCAAAUUCCCAGAUAUGCUAGAGGCAUAUUCAUUUUUAACGACAGUGAAUUCGCUCCUAGGAACUGAUGAAAAGGGUGCAUUUGUUUGUCGUCAGUUGCCGGUAUUUGUUGUUAAUCGCCGGGGAUUUUCUGAACAGUGCCAAAGUGGACCAUGUGCAGAUUCGAAUGUGAACCAAUCGAAUCGUUACAGAGAUGCAGGUAACGGUUUUUUCAGUUUAGGUGACUAUUCGAGGUCACUCGAGUUCUAUAACAAAGCCUUAAACCUGAAUCAAGGAGAUGCAAAGUUGUUAACUAACAGAGUCGUUGCGCAAGUCAAGCUUUCUAAACAGAAAGCACAGAGUAAACCUUUAAAAGAGCAGCAGAACAUUCUUCAACGUGCUCUCCAAGACUCUAUAAGCGCGAUAUCUGCAGAUCCUUCUUGGGUGAAGGGAUACUACUGGAAAGCUGUUUGUCUUGCUGAACUUGGAAAAAGAGGUCCAUCACUUGCUGCAGCUGCAGUUGCUGAAUGCCUGUUUCCAACGCGAUGGACCCAAAUACCUGCUGUUGUCGAGCAUUUUGGACGCUACAUUGUAAAAGAAGUAGCUACUUCUGAAGAUCUCUGGCGCGCCGUAGAGAUAAGUAAAAACAGUCUCGUAAUUGUCGUUCGAAGUGGAAAAUAUGGGAUAACUCAGGCUUUAAAGGUGCCAUCAAAUGCAGUGAUAGUUGGCCUUGGUGAAGUCGAAAUCACCUGCGCCAAAGGCGUUCCACUGUUCCUGGAUAAAACUGUUUACAUCGACAACAUUGAACUCACACCAUCAGCGGAGUUCAUCAGAAUUAACAAAGAGGAUGCUAAAAAGUGCCUCGAUCGUGGACAGUUAGACCAGGCGUUGUCUUUGUAUAGCAAGGUAUUGGCCUCAUGUCCAGAAAACACACAGCUUCUUACAGCAAGGGCUUCGACUUACUUGAAAGCAGCGAAAGAAAAGAGCAGCAAGUGUGAGCGGGAAUCUUUACUACAGCUUGGUCUGGAAGACACCAAAUCCACUAUCAGAGCUGACCCUUCUUGGUUACUUGGCUACUCCACCAGAGCUGCGAUUAUGACAGAAUUAGGGAGGAAACACGAAGCCUUGGCCUCUGCUGCUGUGUUUAACCACCUGAGCUCUGGUCGGGAUAUUUCAUCAGUCAUUCAACGUUAUGGAGCGUUGCAGAUCAAUGUUGUUGAAAGUUCAGAUGAAUUGCGCAAUGUUCUUGAAGAAAUAGAGGAGCCUGAAGGAGUAAAUCAAAUUGUUUUAAUGAAAGAAGGAGAGUACCUAUUUGAAAAGAGCGUUGAGAUCAAUCCAGCAAUCGUUGUUGUUGGUCUAGGGAAAGUAAUUGUUUCGUGCAAGACUGGUGCACCUUUUCACUUUAGAAAGGAACAUUUUGUCGAGAAUGUUGAACUUCAGGGAGACUGUGGUGAUGAGCCAGAAUCACUAGAGACUGCGAGUUCGACAAGUCUUUUUGGUCAGGAUGAAUAUAUAUCUUUGGCCUUGCCCUCGGGGUAUGACGCCUCAAACGUCGACAGCGAGUGCAAGGUGAACUAA